AUGUAUAUUUUCCCUCUUGAUGAGGAUGCUGACUUGAUUUUAGGGGAAGGACAGUCCUCAAAAACACUAGAGAAUUCUGAACACAACAUAAAGCCUCAAAUCUUUGAUGUGGCCAAGGUUGAUGAAAUUCUCAAACCACUUGCUGGAAAGACAUUAUCUUACAAGAUGUUUGCACAUGAUACACAUGCUUCACGAAGUGUUGGCCCACCUACAGAAUGUUUCAUGUUCCAUUCCCGAGCUGCAGUGGCCAAACUACAUUCUGCUAAUGAGGAUCACAAAGGAGGCAUGGUGGUCAUGUGUGGUGACCUACCAUUGUUUUAG